AUGAGCCAAAGAUCGAAACAUGGUCGGCUCCCGCCAAGACCAUCCGAGCAGACUCGGUGUGAUCCUGACAUAAGGGCUGUUCUAAAGACCCUGAUCGUAGACGGCAAACUCGCAGGUCGGGAACUUAGUCAAGAAAAGGAUGUUGCUCAAGCGCAACUCGAGAAAGCUUUUGCCGCGUACCUGGAGCAAGUUCCAGAUAUCGAAAAGAGGGUCAAGAACAAGAUCGAGGAUAUGAAGGAGAUGAUGGGUAUCAUGGGCGCCAUCAAGUUUGAAAAGAUGGAGGAUAUAAAAGAGGUGCUCAAGGAUCACAACUGGCAUACAUUCCGUCCAUCCGACUCAGACGAACCCUACUAUCGAGCCAUGUGCCUACGGAAGGAUGGAGUAUUGUUGGUAUGCUGGAGCACGCUGUUCACAUCGCCCUUGACGGACAUGAAGACCAGAGAUGCAGCCCAGCAAAAAUCUCCGGGCAAGCUGCUAGCUCUGCCGCAGGAGGAAGACGACAGCAAGAAGCUCCUCAACAAGAAGCCUUUAAGAUUAGUAUGCCCGGUGCUUUCGGAGAAGCUGUCAGAUACGAGAGGAGGAGGAUGA